UUUAGGUGAGCUGGUGAGAGGAAGGCGCCGAGCCAGGCACACAAAUCCAGCGCGUGUGUGUGCACACUGCAAUUCUGCCUCAAAGCCACAGGCGAACGCACCAUCGACACCACACCGCAACGAAGAAGCGAAGAAGAGCAUACUGGUAUACGUGUGCAUCAUCAGACCAGAUUACCGACUCCGCUAGCCACCUUGAUCAAAGUACACGACGCACCAUCUCAGUCGGCGCUGCACUUGUUACUUGUGUGCACAGCAAAGGCAAAGACGAAGAACGUGAGUCGUGAUCGCGCUCGUGAGCUGGUCAAAACCACGCUCAGACCACGCAGCUUCUACCUAUCUUGAAACAGUUACGGUACGGGCCCAUCGGCCGAUCCGCCGACCAGUUACCAGUCGACCAUCGCUCACCUGAACGAAAGAACGCGAGAUUAGAAUUCGUGCAACGCCAUCGCCCUAGAAACUGAUUGCAGUAGGCAUUUUUUAUCCGUGGCUUCAAGAUGAAGAUCACCGUAUUGCUGAUUGUGGUUCUAUGUACCAUAUAUAUUGCUGACUCCACAACAGUGAAGCCUGCACACCACAUUAGCAAACAUGUAGCUGUAGACUCCCAACAUUCCAAACAAGGAAAACACGUCGAAAACAAAGCUCACAAAAAAUCCGGCAAAGACGCAAAGCAUCAUGUAGAAACGGCGAACAAAGGUCAACACGGUUCGAUAAGUCAUAAGAUCGCCGACGAAGAAAAAGCGCUCAAGAAAACUACUUCGAUGAGCGAGGGCAAUCACCAAUCGCACAAGAAAGCAGCCGCGCAUCAAGAACACGCUGCGAAGCAUGCUGAAGCUGCCAAGCACAAGAAAACUAAUGUUUUAAAGGGUUUCCAUGAAAAAUACCACAAAAAUGAACAUAAGCAACAUGACAGCUUUUAUUCGCAUGCUAAAAAAUCUGGCGACUGGAAAACCUACGGAAUGAAACGCUCGAAAUUCGAUAACGAAAAGUUUGACAAAAAUGAACUCAAAAAGAAAAUUGCGCUGAAGAGUCUGGAGAAAAACGGAAAGGCAACCAAAAAGGCUUCCGGACAUAAAGUCGAAGAGCACAAGGCAUACAAAGGCGAUAAGUCUAAAAAGCAAGCGCAUGAUAAGCUAAUCAAGUUUGGUAAAAAGCAUCAGAAACCUGAGGACAAACACAAGUACAAAUAUUCGCAAGUUUUGCAUUAAAGAAGUAAUCAUAAAGUUAUCAUACAUAAAUUAAGUUGUAUCUAAAUUUAAGACGAGCGAAAUCUAACAAGUAAUAUUGCAAAGAAAUACCCAAAUACGAAAUAUUUAUUUUUUAUAUGCCGUUUACACGAAGUAUUAACAGACAUGGUGAAUAUUGGAAGAUUAACCCUGUAAUGGUUUGGACUUAAAGUUAUAGCUUAUUAUAUACUGUAACUACUUCUGUGAAGUAAAAUACCACUUGUUGUUUUGUAUUCGCUUUAUUUAACAAAUGUUAAAAUAUUUACUGAUUGCGCCAGUGUAUGCAUAUAAAUUAACCAUCAAAUAACUCACACAGUUGAUAACAUAUUUAAAGGUAUUAACAUAAAUGGUCCAAAAUAUUUCUGGGUAGUCUAUAAAUUUAAGAUUUUCAUAAUUGGAAUACGAAAUAAAUAACAAGACGCAUUUUGUGAACUAUUUCAGAAAAUGUACUUUGUGCAAUAAAAAUAACUGAACAAAA